AUGACAUCUUUAAUUAGCUUUAGAGGGGAAGACACUCGUGACAGUUUCUCUAGUUAUCUCUAUGAAGCACUAUGUGAUGCAAACAUUCAAACUGUUAUGGAUCACAAGCUCCAUAAAGGAGAGCAUUUCUCACCAAUUCUUCUGAAAACAAUAGAGGAAUCAGAGAUAUCUUUGAUUAUUUUCUCCAAACAUUAUGCUUCUUCAACAUGGUGUAUGGAUGAGCUCGUUCAUAUUAUGAAAUGCAGGGAUAAAUACCAAAGGUUUGUUAUCCCUAUUUUCUAUGAUGUAGAUGCAUCAAAUGUUCGCAAACAAAAUGCAAGAUUUGGAGAUGGAUUUGUGGAGUUGAAGCAGAGAUUUAAACACAACCAAGAAAAAGUGCAAGAGUGGACAAAUGCUUUGAUCCAAUCAGCAAAUCUGUCUGGGUGGGAUUCAAAGAAUUUCAGGCCUGAAUCCGAACUUGUCAAAAAGAUUGUCAAAGAUGUUUUGAGCAAAUUGAAGCGCAAGUCAUCCAUUCACAUGGAAGGCCUGGUUGGGAUCAAUCAUCAGAUUCAGAAAGUUGAAGAGUUAGUAAGUGAAGCUCGCACUGUGGGAAUAUGGGGCAUGGGUGGUAUUGGCAAGACCACUCUUGCUAGGGCCGUAUUUGACAGAUUGAAGCCAGAGUUUGAAGCUCUCUGCUUUGCUAAAGAUGUGAAACAACAGCUGGCGGAAAGGAAUGGAUUGGAUGAAUUGCUAAAAAAAAGCCUUAAAGAAUUAUUAAAAGAUGACGAUAUUAAUGCUUACGAUUUAAGAUCCGCUUCUGUCAGGACAAGGCUUCAGCGUAAAAAAAUUCUUCUCGUACUUGAUGAUGUGGACAAUUUUAUAACAGCUGAAGAUUUAAUCAAAGCAUGUAAUUGGUUUGGGGAAGGAAGUAGAAUUAUUAUCACAUCGAGAGAUAUGCAAGUGCUUAAAAAUACUUCUGCUUCUGCAUCUCCAGCAACAUAUCAAGUUCCGGAAUUGGAUCCCCAUCAUUCCCUUCAUCUCUUUAGUUUGAAUGCUUUCAAGCAAAAUCAGCCAUUCGAAAACUACUUGGAGCUAUCAAAGCGGGUAGUUGAUUAUUGUAAAGGAAAUCCUUUAGCUCUGAAAGUGUUGGGUGGCUAUCUCCAUGAUAGAGGAAAAGAAGUGUGGGAAAAUAUUGACAUGAGUGAACUUAAAGACAGAUCCCUCAUCUUUGUUUCUGGAUGUGGUAAUAUUCAGAUGCAUGCUCUACUAACGAAUAUGGGUCUUGAAAUUUCAAAGCAACAAUUAAAAUCUGAUCCUGAAAAUCCCAUUCGGCUGUCGGGGCAUGAGAAUAUUUAUCGUUAUUUUUCCAACAAUGACAAGGGAAUUGAGGCAAUUCGAUGCAUGUCAUUGGAUGCAAGCAAGAUAGAAAGCAUUACAUUAACGGCUAGUCAUUUUCGAAAGAUGCAUUAUUUAAUGUCCCUUAAAGUUUACAAGUCAGAUCGGGGAAAGCGUUCAAAGUUAAAUAUUUGUGAAGAUUUGGAUUAUCUCUCAAAAGAAUUAAGGUUUCUUAGUUGGGAAGGAUAUCCACUACCAUCAGUGCCAUUACAAUUUUGUGCUAAGAAUCUUAUUAAGCUUAAUUUGCCAAAGAGUAAUAUCCAGCAGCUUUGGAAUGGAUACCAGCAAUUUCCAAACCUGGAGGAAAUAAGUCUAUGGGAUUCAAAAAAUCUUAGGGCACUCCCGGAUUUGUCUCAAGCCCCUAAGAUUGAACGGAUAAUUCUUCGUGGUUGUGUGAAUUUGGGUCAAAUCCAUUCUUCAACUGUCCCGGAAAAGGAUAUCAAUUUAUUUAUAAAAGAUUGUGGGCCAAUGCAAAUAAAUGUUGGGGGCAGUAUGCACGAGAGAAGUUCAUCAAGGUUAGUGAUUGUGCACAAUUCUUUGGAUCUUGCCGAUUUGACAUUCAAUAAAGUGACAAUGAAGGUGAUGUUAUACGGCAAGAUGAUAUGUGGUGUUGGAUUUAAGCAUGUGAGAAUGCCAUUGAAAGAGAUGGCAGAAUUCAUGAGAAUGGGAAUACAAAGUUUGGCGACUUUACUUCCAUUUGUGAGGAGAGUUAAAUGGUUAGAGAGUCCAAUUGAGUUUGGGCAUGAUUUCAAGCAACAUUAUACCUAUGAUGUUAAUCAUUAUUACAAUGGAAAUACAUACUUUAGUAUUGCUGUGUGGGUGAGGAGUGAUGGAGAAGAAAGGGGGGUAGAAGAUGAUGAAGAAGAGGAUGAGGAUGAGAGAGAAAUGAUUAGUGAGAAUGAAAGAGAAAUGAACAGUAAAGGUGAUCAAGUAGUAGAGACGGAAUUAUUAUUAAUGGAAGAUGAACAAGAAGAGGAUGAUGAUGAGAAUGAUAGUAAGAGUGCUACCACAUUAAUAAUAACAACACUUAUUCUCAACACCAUCCCUUGCUGGUCAUUAUUGGUUCGAGUGACAUUAAAAGAGAGUGAUAUUAUUAUUGGGAAUAAUGCAAGUUGCAGCAGCAUCCCUCAAGUUUCAAUUAUCCUCAAAUCACUUAAUGAAGAUUGCAGAAGGCGGAUUCAGCCUCUCUUAGUAGUACAACUCUCUUCACCAAUAUCCCCUUUACGUCAUCAUUCUUUCGGAGUCUUUUAUAACUACUUGGAGAGGAUGCCACACGAUCCUUGUUUUCUUUGUUUCCGCAGCAAAUACUUGUCAAACAAUCAUUUCGAUGAUCAUGAUCUAGUUGUUUACUAUGCGGAGCAUUAUUGA